AGUCGGUCAGGAUUACAGUGAUAGGCCUUGACAUUUACUGUUUAUAUUUUGAUUUACUACGAUACCUGCAAUAUUUCAAAUAUUUAAAGAGUAUAUUUCGAUAUUUUAGAUUCAAUAUAUAUCUGCUAUUCUUUGGGCUGGUGCAGUGGAAUUGAAUUUACAGGAAGCAAAAGUCCAGUGACACGUUCGUUGUACAUGAUUACAUUGUUGUGUAACACUAGAUUUGUUUUGAGGUUGUAGGGACUCGUAAAUGUUAGAAUUGAAGCCAAUAUCAUCAUUUGGUAUUGAAUUAUGUCGCUAGCGGUAAGAUGUGGGAUCAGAAUUAGUGUUCGAAGUCUAUCCGGGAAAUCGCGCAGAUCACUGGCCACUGCUGCAGGUGGAGUUAGAAAUCAAAACAAAAAGAAGGUUCUUAGUCAACUUGGGCAGUGUCAAAAAUACAGACCUUUUCAUGUGACCUCAUCUCUGGAGUCCAAGGGAGGAAGAGAGAAUGGAAAUGGAGGGGAGACAGGGGGGCCAGAUCAAGGGGGCAGUAGUUUCGGGGGAGAGGAACGUAGAGUCAGGCCUUGUUCAAAUUGUGGAGGUGCCCUCAAUAUUGAUUCCAGUGUGAUGAUUAAUGGAUUUGUGAAAUGUGACAACUGUAAACAGAUGAUCAUGGUAUCGGAGGAACAAGUUGACCAAGAGUUUAUCAGAACAGAAGAAGAGGACAAGAGCAGUAUACCAACCCCUAAAGAGAUCCAUAGAUUUCUGGAUGAACAUGUAAUCGGUCAGGAACUGGCUAAGAAGAGCCUUUCUGUAGCUUCCUAUAACCACUAUAAGAGGGUCCGCUGGUGUAAAACUAGCAGUCAGACAUCUCAACCAAAAGCCAAACUCGGUGAAAAUCUCUUUGCAGAGUCCUUGGAGGCAGCCAUCAGAGGCCAUUCCUCCAGUGCCCUGGGGUUCAAUUCUCACCAAGAAGAGGAGAGUGACCCCCCAAUGUUAUCCCCAGAGACAGACUCUAAACCAAUUACAUUACAGAAAAGUAAUGUCUUAAUGCUAGGACCCACUGGCUCAGGGAAAACUUUAUUGGUGAAGAAGUUGGCAGAGUGUCUGGACGUUCCGUUUGCGAUGUGUGAUUGUACGUCUAUCACGGCUGCUGGUUACGUCGGAGAAGAUGUGGAGUCCGUCAUCUACAGACUACUGGAGAAUGCAGACUUCGAUGUUGAAAAAUGUCAACAAGGUAUUGUGUAUCUUGAUGAAGUGGACAAGAUCAGAAGCAUUGUGCCUGGAAAUUCCUCAAGGGGCAUUAACUCCUCCCGAGAUGUAGGUGGAGAGGGUGUACAACAAGCUUUCCUCAAACUCCUGGAAUCUAACGUCGUCAGUGUCACUGAUAAAAUGGGGAAGAGAAAUGCACAUGAGACCACCUACCAAGUGGACACCACUAACAUUCUAUUUAUAGCCUCAGGGGCAUUUACUGGUAUCUCAGAAAUUAUACAUGGCAGAACCAAUCAAAAGAGUUUUGGCUUUGGUAAUCAUGAUGAUAAAUCUAUUCUGAUGGAAGAGGAGGAGAGAAAACUCUCUGACAUAGAACAGUUAAACCUGAAGUAUGAUAGACUUCUGAGUGAGGUGGAGACCAGUGAUGUGGUCAAGUUUGGACUGAUUCCCGAAUUUGUGGGCCGGUUCCACAUAGUGGUAUCCUUACACAGUCUUAAUGAGGAUCACCUAGUGAAAAUCUUAACAGAAACUAAAAACUCUCUUAUAGCACAGAAGGAAUUCCUGUUGUCUUAUGAUGAGUGCCAGCUGAUUUUUACAGAUAGUGCUCUAAGAGCCAUAGCACAAAAAGCCAUAAAGAAGAAAACAGGAGCCAGAGGCAUUCAUCACAUACUGGAGGAGGUGUUGUUGACCCCUAUGUAUGAGGUACCCAGUAUGCCUGAUGUGGAGAAGGUCAUCAUUACUGCAGACACCGUAAACAAAAAGGAACCACCCACCUACAUACGACGGGAGAACAUAGAGGAACCGAUUCAGAGGCCCAUCCAAGCCACCGGACUAGCAUGAGGGCAUCCUGGUGUUUAUUUAUUGCUUCAGAUCCAGUGAGAAAGAUUUUAUAAAGACGACAAUGGAGGAAAAAAUGACUGUGAAAAUAAGCGAGAUUUUUUGUGAUGAUUGAUUCAAGGAAAAAAAAAUAACUGUAUAAGAAAAGACUGUGAGUGAGGGAAAUGGGGAAAAGUUUUUUAUGCUAAUUUGUCAUUAGGUUUAUGUUGGCACACACACAUACAUAUAAAAUCUUCUGGGUUUACAAAAACACCAGUGUUAUGCUCAAUUUUCAUAUUCUUAUUGAAUUUGUGGUAAUUAAGGUAACUGAACAGACACCAUUGGUUAUCCCUUACAAAAUUUUGUGUUUUUAUGUUACUGUUUUAGUGAAAAUACUGAGGGGAUUAUGAUAUUGUUUAUUUUAAUGAUGUAUUUUUUGCACUUCCAUAAAGCUAAAUACAUGUAUGAAUACCUCUUCCUAAAAUAAUUUGAAAUAAUUAUUAACUGACUAGUUUUGUUAAUUUUACAAAAUGGCAUCAUUUACUUGUUAGAUGCAUUUAUCCAUAUUAAAAGGAUUUAAGAAUUA